AUGGAGAUGGAAUCCACCAAUCAGAGUGCAGCUCAUGGUUGGGAGGUGGGACUACAAAGAGGAGGUGAGAGUGGGAAGUCCUAUGAAAGGGCAGUGCAGUGGCUCCUGAAGGAUGAGGCCUUGGCCAUCUCUGCUCUGGAGGACCUGCCCAUGGAGCUCUUCCCGCCACUGUUCAAGGAGGCCAUCACCGGCAGACAGACCAACCUUGUGAGGGCCAUGGUGGCAGCCUGGCCCUUUCACUGCCUCUCCAUGGGGGCCCUGCCAACCAUCUCCCACAUGGAGACUUUGAAGGCUGUGGUGGAUGCACUGGAUUUUCUGGAGACCCAGAAGCAUCUCAAGGAGGCCAGGUGGAGAAAAGGCUCAGUGCAACUGUACUGCAGGGAGCUGAAGAUCAGAGCAUCACACGUCUACACUGUCAUAGGGAUCCUGAACACUUUAGACAGAGACUGUGUCCAGGACUUGGAACUGAAUUCCUGGUGGCAACAGGGAAGCCAGGCCUGGUUUUCACAUUGCCUGGCGCAGCUGAGAAAUCUUUGCAAACUCCCUCUCCUGGGAAUCCGCCAGACUGCUUUCAGUGGUAACUCUGCUCUACCAGACAUGAAGAAGUGUGUCACAGAGCCUGGUCCUCAGUUCCCCAACCUGGACUGUCUCCAGCAUCUCUAUCUGAAUGGCAUUUACUUUCUGAAAGACAACCUGGAAACCUUGCUAAGGUGCCUGAAGACCCCCUUGGAGACUCUGUCCAUCACUCACUCCCAGCUUUCACAGGCAGACUUGAAUCAUCUACCCCUGAGUCUGAACCUACAUCAGCUCACACACCUGAACCUCAGCAGUGUGGUAUUGUCCUGUUUAAGUACUGGGCCCCUCUGUAUUCUUCUGGAGAGAGUUGCAGCCACUCUGAAGACCCUGGAAUUGGAAGGCUGCAGAAUGAAGGUCUCCCAGCUCAGUGCCAUCCUGCCUGUCUUAAACCAGUGUACCCAGCUCAGUAAGAUCAACUUCCUUGACAAUGACAUAUCCAUGGCUGUCCUUCAUGACCUUUUCCGCCACACAGCAAAUCUGAGCGAGCUGCUCCUGGAGAUGUACCCCGCCCCUUUGGAGAGCUAUGAUGACACGGGUCAUGUUCUCAAGCAUAGAUUUGCCCGUCAUUGUUCUGAGCUCAUGGAUAUUCUCAGGGCCAUAAGGCAGGCCAAAUCUGUCUACUUUGCUGCUGGUGCCUGUUUUGUGUAUUAUGACUAG